AUGGAUUCUCCCAAUAAGCAAGCCAGCGGCACGCCACCCUCGAAGGUGUCAAGGACUUCACGUGGAGGAAGACUGACGCAUCACCGGCAGCACUCGGGCAUUUCAGCACCUGCCCAGCGCCCCGGACAAGAAGACUGGCGAAGAUGGCCCCAGAUCAGCGUCAGGCUACGAGGCCUCCCGAUCAUCAGUGUCCAAGACAUCCACACAGAGUUCACCAAGUACGGCAACAUUGUCUACAUCGAGCACUUUGAGGGUAGGCAAGGCCAGCCCACCGGCGAAGCCCGUGUCCGGUUCGAACCACCUCCUGUGACCCCAUUCUGGUCCAACGGCCGCUACGUCUUCGCUCGAGUGAACCUGGCCCCUGCCCAGGCGGCGGUUCCCAUUCGCAUCGAACUCGACCCGCCCUCCCACGCCUUUGGUGCCAUUCGUAGCACGGUCAACUCGCGGCUAUUCUAUCCGGCAAGAAUGACCUUGGACAUCAAGACGCUGGAGUUCAGUCCUACGGGUAAAGGGCCCGAGAUCAUGCCCAAGAAACAAGUGGUUUCCCAAGGUCAGGGCAACGACCCCAAGUGUAUCCGGCUGAAGGCCGACUUUCGAAACAAAACCCUCGCGAUUUACUUUCCCAUCUCCAUAACGCCAGACGCCGAGUUGGGCCAAGUCUUUGGAGAGGAACCUUGCGACAACGCCAUCCGUGAAUACAAGAUUCUGAUUGACCUCGCUCAUAUGCGGCGUGCGUCGCUCGUCGAUCUCGGAAAUGGCGAUUUCCAUCUCACGAUACCCCUUCGCUAUCCGCCAGCGUACUACUUCAAGAACCAAGAUAUAGCUCGCAGUUUUGAAGCCGACAGGCUCAUGUGGACCGAGAACGACCAGUGGGUGCGCGCCUCCCAUGUCCUCGACGACAAUGACCUCCCCCAGGACUACAGUCUCGGCCUCCUUAACCAGUGGGAUGACCCAAGCUUCAUCGACAUUGGCCGCUGGACGACGUUCCGCAUGCGGCUUGAUGCUCCUGGCCAAGACCUUCGCAAUCUGACAGGGGCCCUUGAAGACCUCAAUAUCGAGCUCACGCGCCUUGACAAGAGCUCAGAACUACCAGAUCAGUUGUGCCUCAUCCCGGCUGAGAACCAACCAGUUCGAAACAAGCCCGUCAAGACUUCCAAGCCAGAUCCGAAUGAUGAUUGGCUUUCCUUGAUGCAUUCGAAUGCCACUUCUUCACCCACAGCGAGAUUUUUUGACUUUGCCGUGCAGUAUCAGCUCGAGGUCUGCAUCUCUCGUGGCAUCCUCUGCGAGUACAAGCUGUCGCAGGAGUUUCUAGAUCGUCUCCGAGGUCUCCAGCAGGACCGCGCCAAAUGGAUACUGGAAUACUUUGCCGACCGAGGCAAGGCCGUCGAGCAGCCGAUGGACAUCUUUGAGAGCCACGAAGCCAACUGCUACUACCCCAACCCGGUGGUGCCUCACUACUGCGCCAUCGUCCGAAAAGUCGUCGUCACGCCCACGACCAUCUACCUGAGUUCUCCUGGCGUCGAAGCCAGCAAUCGCGUGAUACGAAAGUACCAGCACGUCUCUGACCGCUUUCUCCGCGUCCAGUUCACGGACGAGCUCACGCGAGGCAGAAUCAGCACGCGAGCCAAGAUGGAGCUGGACCACUAUGUGUUCAAGAGGGUCUAUCUAACCAUGAUCAACGGCAUCCGCAUCGGCGACCGCCACUACAAGUUUCUGGCGUUUGGCAAUUCUCAGAUCAGGGAAUGCGGUGCCUACUUUUUCUGCGAGACGGCCCAUCUCAAGUGCACCGAGAUGCGUCAAUGGAUGGGCAAUUUCAACCACAUACACAUUGUGGCCAAAUUCGCAGCCAGACUGGGACAGUGUUUCUCUACAACGCGCGAGAUUCGCAGCAUUCGGGCCCCCAACAUCCAGAUCAUUCCCGACAUUGAAAGAAACGGCCAUUGCUUUACAGAUGGCGUGGGCAAGAUCUCCUCUUUCCUCGCCAGCAUGGUACUAGAAGAGAUGGGCCUCGAGACAGUCGAGACGCCGUCGGCCUUUCAGUUUCGCAUGGGCGGCUGCAAAGGCGUUCUUGCCGUAUGGCCCGAGGCGAAGGGUAUGUAUGUGCACAUUCGGAAAUCGCAGGAGAAGUUCAAGGCGACUUUCAACGGCCUCGAGAUUAUUCGCUGCGCGCGGUUCUCCGUGGCCACCCUGAACCGCCAGACCAUUACGAUCCUCACAUCCCUGGGCAUCAAGUCAGAGGUCUUUAUGGACUUGCUUCAACGACAGCUCCAUGGCUAUGAGAAGGCCAUGAAUGACCAGGGUGCCGCUGCGGUUCUCCUCGGCCGUCACAUUGACGAGAAUCACACAUCGCUGGCGCUCAGAGACCUGAUCAACUGGGGGUUCAUGCGCCAUGAUGUCCAAGAGCCCUUCGUCCUCACCAUCCUGCAGCUCUGGCGGGGCGUGUGCAUUGUCGGCCGCAACCCUUCACUGCAUCCAGGAGAUGUCCGCGUUGUGGAAGCGGUCGACGUGCCUCAGCUGCGUCACAUGAAGAACGUGGUCGUCUUUCCGAGCACGGGCGAUGUCGACGUUCCGAGCAUGCUCUCUGGAGGUGACCUGGAUGGCGACGACUUCUUCGUCAUCUGGGAUCCGAACUUGAUCCCUCCCGUGUGGAACUUUCGGCCGAUGGACAACGUGGCGCCGCAGCCAAAGGUCGUUGAUCGGGACGUCAAUGCAAAAGACCUCAGCCUGCAGCUUGCCAAGCUCCAUUCCAAAGCAGUGGACUACGUCAAGUCAGGCGAUCCAGCCGAGCUCGGCCGCGAGCUUCGAGCUCGCAGAUGGCCCCAUUUCAUGGGCGAGCGCCGCAACAAGAACUCCCUCUACCACUCGUACACGGCCCUCGGACAGAUCUACGACAGGGUCCAGGACGUGCCGUUCAACCCGCUGUACGAGAAGAAGUUUGACCGGCGCAUCCUCUCGCGCUUCGCGCCGAUCGACAAUGCGGUCCUCAAGCAGGCGCGCCGCCUCAAGUCGACCUACGACACGGCCAUGCGGCGCCUCAUGGCCCAGCGCGAGGUGUCGACCGAGUUUGAGAUCUGGACCGGGUUCCCGCUGUCCCGGCCGCGCGUCGGCAACGCCUACAAGCACUCGGAGGACAUUGGCCGCGACGCCGGUCUCCUGAAGCAGUCCUUCCGCGACGAGGUGCACGCCCUCGUCGGCGGCAGCGGCUACGACAAGGUCGCGCCGUUUGUCGCGGCCAUGUACCAGGUCACGGCCGAGGAGGUCAGCAUCGCGCUGCACCGCCGCCGCGAGGCGCACAGCGUUGCUGGCGACCCGGAGGCUCUGCCCGGCCGGAAGAGGGACAUGAAGGGCAUGCCCCUCAUCACGUUCCCGUGGAUCUACCACUGGGUCCUCGGCCGCAUCGCGACGGACGACGCGAAGACGAGGCGCGACGUUGUCACGGAUAACGCCUUCGACCUCCAUCACGGCGCUGGCACGUUCAACCGGCAGGAGGAGCUGUCGCAGCCCAAGCCGAGCGGCCGCCUGGCCGUGCCUGCCUACGAGGACGUGGAAGCGCUCGGGGAGAUUCCAGGCGCUGAAGGACAUGCUCUCACAGACGACAUGAGCAAGAUGGAUCUCCUCACGUUACCGGACGGACGUCUUCUCCAUCGCGGCCAGGUCCUCCACCUGUUCGACAGUGAUUCCGAGGAAGAGAACGAAGGCGCCCAGGACGACGGGACGGUCUACGCGCCGCCGUCUCUUGAAGAGACACAGGCCACAGCAACUACAAACAAAGUCUCCGCACAGGAGGACACAGGAAUGGCAGCCACCGACGAACCACCUCAAGGCCACGGCAGCACCGGACACGACAGAAAGGAGGGCCCCGAGCACGAUCGAAAGGAGGGCACCGAGCACGAUCGAAAGGCCGACAAGACACGCGACACGCCAGCAGUGAAGGAGCAGAAGACGAACAAGACGGCCGAACAGCAGGCUGCGCUCCAGGAAAGCGGCGACAAGCUAGACCCCUUCGCCGCCAUCUUCAACAUGCAAAAGAUGCGCUGGAACGCGCAGCCCUCCUCGGCCCAGGAGACUCGCCCGCGCGAGCCCGUGAGCCGGACGCCGCCGCGUCGCCACGCACCCCCUAUCCUGAGGCCGGUGAGGCAAGAUGCUGCAGCAGGGCAAGCCGUGGCGGCCGCUCGAGCCCAGGAGCCCCCUGACGAGACACAUCCGGCCAUGCCGCGGACUGUCGAGACGGUCGAGGCUGUCGAGGAGCUCGACCGCAGCAGCGCUAGCGACGACGGCGAUCAGGAAGGAGGCACCCUCUUUGAGCGGUUUGACAGGCUCAUGGGCGGCAGCUGA